GAGAGCUGCAAGCCAUGGCCAGCACCGUCAAAAGGUCGCGUUUGUCCCAGAUUUCCCUCAUCUUUGCAUGUGGGACGGCGCUUUUCUCUGACGGCUAUGCCAACAAUAUCAUUGGGAGCGGUAACACGCUGCUGAUUCGUAUCUAUGGUGCGGACAAGAUUUCAGGACACAACUACAGCACCACUAUCAGUAGUCUCGCGUUCGCGGGCACCAUUGUCGGAAUGCUCACGUUUGGCUACCUCUCCGACAGGAUGGGCCGUAAAUUCGGAAUGAUGCUCGCUACGGGUAUCGUCGCCGUGUUCUCUGGUCUCUCCGCGGCAUCAAAGGGCGCAAACGACAGCCUCGGCGGAACGCUCGCCAUGCUCAGUGCCAUGCGUUUCUUCCUCGGUAUCGGUAUCGGGGCGGAGUAUCCUUGUGGAUCAGUCGCGGCUUCCGAGCAGUCUGAAGAGGAAUCGAUCAGCAAAAACGCCCAACACCGCUGGUUUGCCCUGGCCACCAAUACGAUGAUUGACUUUGGCUUCGUCGUUUCUUCCUUUGUGCCUCUGGUCCUGUACUGGAUUUUCGGGCCCCAUCACCUACGCGCGGUUUGGCGUCUCUCGCUUGGCCUGGGUGUCAUCCCGGCGUUGCUCGUGUUCAUAUGGCGUCUGCGCAUGGAGGAGCCGACAAGGUACAAGAAGGACUCCAUGAAGCGGGCAAAAAUCCCGUACUGGCUCAUUGUAAAGCGCUACUGGAAGAGCCUAGCCGCUAUAUGCAUCACCUGGUUCAUUUAUGACUUUAUCACGUACCCAUUCGGCAUCUACUCAAGCUCCAUAACAAACACUGUUACUGGUGGUUCGGAAGCUCUCAGUGUCGUCUUCGGCUGGGGCGUUGUUAUCAACCUGUUCUACAUGCCCGGGACUAUCGGCGGUGCCUUCCUUGUGGACUACCUGGGCCCCAAGUAUUGCCAGGCCUUCGGUCUGAUCAUGCAAGCCAUCAUCGGCUUCAUCAUGAGCGGCCUGUACAAGCACUUGGUCAACCAUAUCGCAGCAUUUGCGGUCGUAUAUGGUAUCUUCCUCAGCUUUGGCGAAGUUGGUCCUGGCAACUGCCUCGGUUUGUUGGCCUCGAAAUCUGGCCCCACUGCUGUCCGUGGCCAGUACUACGGCAUCGCAGCUGCUGUCGGUAAAGUAGGAGCCUUCGUCGGCACCUGGGCGUUCCCCGCGAUCAUCAAGGAUUUCGGUACUGGCACUGCCGCAACCACGGGUCCGUUCUGGAUUGGCAGCGCUCUUGCCGUCCUGAGCGCAGCCAUCACCUUGUUAUUCAUCAAGCCACUCAGUCACGACGGUAUGCAAGAGGAGGACCGCCUGUUCCGCGAGUACCUGGAAGCGCACGGGUACGAUACCUCGCAAAUGGGCCUUGGCGCCGAGUCGACCGUCGUUUCCUCCGCGUCAAUGGAAAAAUAUGACGGGGAGUCGACGGAGAAGGCCGUCGCUGUCUGA